UCUGCUUUGGGAUCCAUAUAAGCCCCAAGGCGACGAUCAGAGAACAUACACACACCUAGUAAUUGAACGGGGUGACAUUCAAGAGUCACAGCUCGAUAUACGACUUGUGAUUCGAAACUUUAGCCAAGUUCUUAUUCGAGCAAGAUGAGAGACGAGGCUCAUGUAAACAUCACCAACGAUGUAGUUUGCUGUAAUUGGCAAGGUGUAGCGUCUCGCAAGGAGCCUCUGAGUCUUCGUGACUUGAGUCAGACCAGCGUGGCUCGUGUCGUCUCCCGCACAGCCUCUGACACCCUUCUUCAGUGCAAGAAGGACCUACGUACUGUGGGCCAUCUGCUGCGGACGUCGCUGCCGCUGGCCCUCCGGACGUCUGUAAUGAAGGAGGUCACAGCUACCCAAGACCUGAAUGACCCUCAACGCGUCCUAUCCCUCAUCCUGCUGCACCUGCUCACAGAUGUUGUACACAUUGGUCUCACAGCUGGGAUCAACACAGGCAGAUAUCUACAGCUGCAAGAGGAAGAUUGUAAGCAACUGCUUGAAGAGCUGGAGCUAGAAGAUGUGCAAACAUUGAGCCUGGAGAGCCUACAGCUGGAAGGAGUAUGGAUGGAGGGUGAGUUCCUCUCACAAAUUCUGCGACGGUCUCCGAAUAUCCGCUCUAUCCAGGUUUCUGGAGACCUUUGUAGGGAAGUAUUAAAUUACCUGCAAGAAAACCCCUGUAACCUCCGUUCUCUGCACCUCAACAGCUGUACCGUGACAGACGAACAUCUCGUGAAGGCUCUGGUCGGAACAGGUACCGACUUCUGUACAUUAGGCAACAUCAUAUGUUCCGGUGGAGACGUCACAAAAACAGAGACUGUAGCGCACAAGUCGUUGAGAAGUUUGUCUGUCCAGUCGCCUAUCCUCUCUGUGUGUGGUGCCAUGGUACUGCUACACUCACUACGAGAACUCCGUCACAUACAGUACAUCUGCUGGAGUGCUCCCAUCAGCGACACUCUACUACUCCUUCAGAAAGUUUGUCCUCAGUAUUCAGCGUUCGCUCUCUCUUCCAUUGAUCUCUUCAGGCCAUCGAAGGAAACAAUCCAGAACCUGUUAACUUUGUGUCCAAGACUAUACGAAAUCAUGAUAGAAUGUCAUAACUCAGAUCUCACCUCCCUAGACGCCCUCUCAAGAUUUCCCAGGCUUUCUAAGUUGACCUUAAGGAUGGUUUCAGAGGAACUUAUUGUGUCGGCAGUCAAAGCGUUAGGCCUUAAUCUACUGGAACUGAAAAUCGAGUUCGAGGAUUACACCUUCCAGCCCAUCUCCCUGGAGACGGUAAAGACCAUCCAAGAACAUUGUCCUCACCUCCAGACUCUCGAGAUGCUUCACGUUAACAUAGAGGCAAAUCCCAGCGAACGUUUGCUUCCUGUGAAGAAAAUUCUUCUUCCAGAGUUGAAAAAAUUCACUCUACAGAGUUCCUUGAUCCAGCCUCCUCUUCUGGAGCGGCUGGUCCGAGGCAACAGCUCCCUGGAGAACUUGUUGCUGGACGUAAACCAGGACGCCCUCACAGACCAGGUCGUGGCGUCUUUGUUGAGAAACAACGACCUCCAACACCUGAACACUAUCUACCUGGGUGCUGGGUCAAUCUCCCCGUGGUCCAUCACGUCGCUGGUGGCUCUCCCGUCCCUCUCCAGGUUAUCUCUCGUCUUCAAGCGUUUUCCAUUCAUCCCCACGUCUACCUUCAGUACGUACGAGGACGUUCUUGUCAAGGACAAUUACUGCUGUAUUCUGGAAAAUGUCCUACAAGAAGACUAGCACCGCGACUUUGUAUAUUUUAUGAAGUUCAUCUUUUGUCUUACCUGUCCAAUUAGUGUUAGAUAAGUAUUUAUUAUAUUUGUACCUAUUUAUUAGUCCUAAAUAAAAAAUUAUUUAUCCUA